AUGUUUGUCUACUCCAAUUAACUCUUCCGCAAAAAUAGCAACAUUUGCCUCUCGGAGACAGCGUACCAGCACAAAGGAACGAAGAAGAAGUGCAAGAAAAAAAAUCAAGCCGCCAUAAUUCAGUGAUAGCGGCAGUGUCUAAUGGACAAACCACAUCGCAAGCCCUGACCGAA